UUUCCAAUUUUUGCCUUCAGUUUUCCUCUUGCGCUGCUUCGCUGCGGUUCGUUCGCUCGUCGUACCGCUGCUCCACGUUUCACGUCGUCCACGUCGCACGCGCAACUUCGAUCCGGAUACGGAUCCGGCGGCCUUUCGCUCGACUCGCGCAAAAAUAUCUGCGCCAAAUGUUCAAUGAAUGAAUUUAAAAAUGAAAUUAAAUGCAACAAAUUAACGCACACGAAACGACAACAAAAUAAAGAUAAAUUAAUCUAAUCAAUCUGCUGGCGGCCAUCUUUUUGCUGGCACUGUUUCAGUGUCGCACUUGCUGUGUGGUGAUAGUCGGGCACGGCAAUUAGUCCGAGUCCGGGUCCGAGUGACGGCCCAUUUCGAGGAAGGAACCGAAAACGUUCCACGAGAAGAGAAAAUAAUUCGCAACACGUGUUGGUUGACACAGUGCGUAUGAAAGAUGUGUGGCCCUGCCCUGCAUAAGUGAGCGGCAGUGCUGUGUGAGUGGCGCCGGUGGUGCUAGCAAAUGAGUUAAUACUCCUAUCUGUGUGAAAGUGUGUGUGUGUGAUAGUGCCUGGCACAUGGCCCCCCCGCGGAAAGUUGGAUGAAAAUAAAAAGCCAAGUUCCAAAACAUCACCUUUUGUUUGGAUACAUCGAAGCGGAAUCGGAAUCUGAUUCGGAUUCGAAGAGUCCCAGUGUAACAAAAGCACAAAACUAAAGCAAAAGAGAAACACGGAUAUCAACCAUAAAUAAUCAAACUACAGCGCUCAAAUUACCAAAGAAUCUAAAAAACUAUAGUCGGAUAAGCUAUUGUUAUCCCAGCUGGUCUGGCCUUGAACUUGUUCCCGUCGCAAUUAUUGCUAAUUGAACGCACAUAGAACGGACUCCCUGCUGCUGCCCCCACCACCCCCCAUCUUCCCGCCCCUUCCCCAGCUCCGAUUCCCGCCCAAAAUGCUUCAACAUCCUGCCACAGAUUUCUACGAUCUGGCCGCGGCUAAUGCGGCCGCUGUCCUCACCGCCCGCCACACACCCCCCUACAGCCCCACAGGCCUGAGUGGCUCGGUGGCGCUCCUCAACAACAACAACAACAACAACAACAACAACAACAACAACAGCAGCAGCACCGGCAACAGCAAUAACAACAACAAUAACAAUCUGGACAUCAUGACGCACAAUGGAGUGGUAGUGGGCGGCGGCGUAGGCACCGGUGGACUGCACCUAACGGGUGGCAGCAAUGGGGGAGUGACGGGAGGUGGUGCCUCCGGCGGAAGGGAGAACCUGCCGAGCUUCGGCUUCACCCAGGAGCAGGUGGCCUGCGUCUGCGAGGUCCUGCAGCAGGCCGGCAACAUCGAAAGACUGGGCCGCUUCCUCUGGUCGCUGCCACAAUGUGAUAAGCUGCAGCUGAACGAGUCCGUGCUGAAGGCCAAGGCGGUCGUUGCAUUCCAUCGCGGCCAGUACAAGGAGCUGUAUCGCCUGCUCGAGCAUCAUCACUUCUCGGCCCAAAAUCACGCCAAGCUCCAGGCCCUGUGGUUGAAAGCGCAUUAUGUGGAAGCCGAAAAACUGCGCGGAAGACCCUUGGGUGCUGUUGGCAAAUAUCGGGUUCGUCGCAAAUUUCCAUUGCCCCGCACCAUCUGGGAUGGCGAGGAGACGAGCUACUGUUUUAAGGAGAAAUCCCGCUCCGUACUGAGAGACUGGUACUCGCACAAUCCAUAUCCAUCGCCCCGGGAGAAACGCGAUCUGGCCGAGGCCACCGGGCUGACCACCACGCAGGUUUCCAAUUGGUUCAAGAAUCGACGACAAAGAGAUCGAGCCGCCGAGCAUAAAGACGGCUCCACGGACAAGCAACACUUGGACUCCUCCAGCGACUCGGAGAUGGAGGGCAGCAUGUUGCCCAGUCAAAGCGCACAACAACAACAACAGCAGCAGCAGCAGCAGUCACCCAACAACAACGGCCUGCAUCAACAGCAACUGCAGCAUGCUGCCACCGAACAGAGCCUGCAACAUCACCCCCAUCAGCAACACCAUCCCGCCGCCACCGGGCCCACAAGCGUGGUCAGCAAGACAGGUCACAGUGGGGCAGGUGGUGGUGGCGGGGGCGGGGGCGGCGGCGGCGGCGGUGGCGCCGCAACAGCAACACAAAUGCAAAUGCCACCCCUCUCCGCUGCCGUUGCCUACUCCCACCUGCAUAGUGUGAUGGGCGCCAUGCCCAUGACCAUGUACGACAUGGGGGAGUAUCAGCACUUAUGAUUCUAGUUGGAGGCGGCUGCUGCCGCUACCAGCGGGAGCGGAAGCGGAGGCGGGAAGGCAAGCGGAAACGAAAGCACGAGUCCGAGUGCCACCGCCAACAGCAGCAAUGCCUACGGGUGGUCAAUGUCAGUGCCGUCGGCGCACUAUCAGCGCCAGCAGGAUCUGUCGGAAAGCUUUUACUUCUGAUUCGAUCCGAACCGAUCCUCGAGCGGAGCUGGGCGGAACCUUAGCAAUAUUUAGAGAGCGCAUUGUCGUAGCAACAAAUUCUAUUUAAUCGUUAGACACAGCAACACUUUCUGCAUAAGCUAGCAUUUUUCUGCAAUCAAUGGAAAGAGAGAGAUACGGAGAUAUACAGAAAGAGGGGGAGGGAGAGGGAGAAAAAAGGCACCACGCUGCAGCACAAGCUUUUGGCAACCCAAAAAAACCUAGAGAGAAAACUUGCAAGAAAACUGCAUCGAUCUGUGUAAAUAGCUAGGCUAGGUUUUAGUUUUAGAGCGGUUGGAGGCGGAGGCAGGUACAACCGAAAUGCAAAUCAAAUCGAAAUGUGCAAACAAUUAUACAUAUACGACUAUUAUAUAUUAUUAUAUACAUCUGUAUCUACUUAAUGCAUAAAUUAUACACUUUUAAUUGUAGCCUUUAGUAAUCAUAUUUUUGUUAACAAUAAAUUCUAUUAAAUUAUUUUCAAAUGAUUG